AUGUCUACCUUGGCUGUCCUUUCUGUAUACUUUGGCACUACAGCAUUAGUUUUGUGGGGAAGUGUGGUAUUUAUAGAUCUUAAGAAGUUUAAGAAAGGUGGCGCUAUUUAUCUGGAGACGACAUAG